UGCUCUCGCGAGAUCUCGCGAAAUCUCGCGUUACAAUCACAGCGCGCGUUGCCCCGGCAACGACCAUAGCGACUCCGUGCAGACGCCCCUGUCUCUGAACGCGUUAAGCGAAGACUUUAAUAUCCACACAACGAGAUGCCUCCCAAGGGGAAGAAGAAAGGAGGGAAGAAGAAGAAGGGCUUGGCCAAGGCGAAAAAAACCCCCACGGUGGUGGACGGGAUCUCCACGGAGGAGAUGAGCAAGGAGCAGCUGGAGGAGCACAUUGUGCGCCUUCGCGAGGAGCUGGACCGCGAGCGCGAGGAGCGAAACUACUUCCAGCUGGAGCGCGACAAGAUCCACACCUUCUGGGAGAUCACGCGCAGGCAGCUUGACGAACGGCGUGCCGAGCUCCGCAACAAGGACCGAGAGAUGGAAGACGCAGAGGAGAGACACCAGGUGGAGAUCAAGGUGUACAAGCAGAAGGUAAAGCACCUGCUCUACGAGCAUCAGAACAAAGUGGCUGAGCUGCGCACCGAGGGCACGGUGGCUACAACGCUGGCACAUCGCGAGCAGCGCGAGAAGGAGAGCGGCCUGCGCCGAGACUUGCGCUCGCUACUCGUCGAUAUGAAGGAGCACGAGCUGUCCAGCGAGGACGUCAUCAGAAACCUCACGCUGAAAAACGAUGAAAUGAUGACUAAGCUGCGGGAUGAUUUUGAAACGCAAGUUAGAGAGAUGGAGGCCAAGUAUGAGAAGAAGAUGCGAGCGUUGCGCGACGAACUGGACCUCCGCCGAAAGACAGAGAUUCACGAGGUGGAGGAGCGGAAGAACGGGCAGAUCAACGCCCUCAUGCGCAACCACGAGAAGGCGUUCAGCGACAUCAAGAACUACUAUAACGACAUCACGCUGAACAACCUGGCGCUCAUCAACUCGCUCAAGGAGCAAGUGGAGGACAUGAAGAAGAAGGAAGAGCGUCUGGAGAAGGAGAUGGCAGAGACGGCGCAGCAAAACAAGCGUCUGACGGAGCCUCUGCAGAGAGCGCGAGAGGAGGUCGCCGAGCUUAACCGGCAGCUCGCCAACUACACUAAGGACAAGACGCUGCUCGCAAGUGCGAAGGCCAGACUGAAGGUGAUGGACCAGGAGAUGCAGGAGUUGAAGUGGGAGCACGAGGUGAUGAUUCAGCGCUUUGCCAAGGUGGAGAGCGAGCGGGACGAGCUGUACCGCAAGUUUGUGACGGCCGUCCACGAGGUGCAGCAGAAAAGCGGCUUCAAGAGCCUGCUGCUGGAGCGCAAGCUGGUGGCGCUCACGGACGCCAUGGAGAAGAAGGAAGCGCAGCUCAAUGAGGUGCUGUCUGCCUCCAGCCUCGACCCGACGGCGCUCAGCAUUGUCACCCGCAAGCUGGAGGACGUCCUGGACUCAAAGAACAACGCCAUAAAAGACUUGCAGUAUGAGCUGGCGCGUGUGUGCAAGGCCCACAACGACCUCUUGCGCACCUACGAGUCCAAGCUGGAGGCCUUUGGCAUCCCGCGGGAGGAGCUGGGCUUCAAGCCGCUGGAGACGUCGGUGGCCGGGCAGACUCUGGGGAGGGGCCCCGCUGGCCUGGUGUCUGCCCCGACCUGAGCGCUCGAACCCUCGUGGGCCUCGUGGGGGAUGAUCACCCUCCACCCCACCCCCCUUGAGACUCGAAACAUUGAGAUUUGAAUAUUAUUGUUACGUUUGUUUACCAGGAAAGGCUUACUGAGGUUCAAGACCGUUCUGAGGACUGUCUUGUCAAGAUUUUACAGAAGAAGGAGAUGUUGCUUUGUGUGUGUAAAACCCAUUGAGUACUUUGCAGGUAUGUUUUUUUUAGCACUGGGAUAUUUGGCCAUUACCAGUCACAUUGUGUAGCUUUAGCUUCAGGAGGAAAACCGGAAAAUCCAGAGGAAACUCCCGCAGAAUGUCGGGAGAAAACAUACAAAUGCCACACAGCAAGGCACGCCAGUUAUAAUCAGAACUCGGGUCCCUGUGGCUGUAGGGUGCAAGUUUCACCACCACUCUCCCGCCCACGUGAGAAUUAUUUUUUGUUAUUAAUGCAGGGGGCCCUUGCUCGGGAAGUUUAUAGACGUGCCUGUAUGGGGGAGCCCUCGCUGCUCACCAUCCCUUGUAGCCCAGUCAUUUCCAAACACAUAUCCUGUAUCGUAGUCUGGAAUGUGGUGCAGUCGCCGGCAGGGUAGAUGGGCUGUGGGUCAGAGCCGAACAUGGUGACGCCUUAAUCAUAAUGAUCUCUUCAUGAGAAAUAGAAGUGAAUGCUGCUGUGAUAACCUUUUCAUAUGACAAGCAAAAAUAACAAGAAGACAAUACGCCUCCUUCCCAGAUCUUUCUCUCGACAUCCAAAUCCAAGUACUUUUUAAAUACUGGAUUCCAUCAGCCGCACAGCCUUCUGGGAAGUCAUAAUUUCAGCAGCAUUGGUUUAACACGAGCAAAAAUCUGGACCGGUUUUGACAUUCAUUGUCUUAUCAGCAGUCAGGCAAUGCUGGUGAACCAAUGCUGGUGAAAUGCCAAAUGUUUAUAGGCAAGGAUCCUCUCUCUUACAUAUGGGUCCUAGUUUGAUGCAAAACUCUAAAAUACCUCACACGUAAUAAUCUUUAGCAUAAUUGUGAAGAAUUUAAGUAACGGAAUAAUAAGCAGACACUAUUGAGGUAAUCUCGUUUGUUACUGAUAUUCUCCAGAACGACUUGUGUUUCCAUAUGAAAAGGUUAUUUUUUGUAUUCACAUCUGUGUGUUUUGUUUAUAUUUUAUACAAGACAUCUGAAUGUGUCCACCUUAAGUGCUGUCGAGUGAUUUUUUGGUCUGCACCCAUGGACGAAAGUGGCGCAUGUGAUUUUGAGCGGUUGGCACGUGUGUACAAUAAAUGUCUUGAUCGCUGCAGCCAUCCAA